AUGACGGCAAAACUUCGCGAACUCCUCCCCGGCGCCACCAUCCUCACGCCACACCAUCGUGGCCUCGCCCAGACCACCCAGCAGAUGCAUACACUCAUCGUCAGAAUAGAGAACAAAGAACCGGCAGUGAAAUCGAAGCUCGGCAAGUACACUGAUGGAAAUGUGGUACAGGUAAUGACGUCCUACGACGAGCUGGCAGUCGGUGUCGAUGGUCGUCUAUGUAUCCCGUGUAACGUCGAUGUCUCUGCCCUCCUUGAAUUCCUCCAACAAAGUGCUGGUGACGGGAAAUUGUUGCAAAAGCGGAUGCAGGAAGCUCGGCAAGAACUCGAAAAAGAAGCCGCACUUGUCGCCGGUGAGCUCGGGCUUCCGAUUUUGGACUGGGAGUCGAAUUUGCCGCUCGAUGCUGUGCUGAAGAGCGUCCGGAGGUUGCCGACGAUGGAUCCGCAGGCAAAGGACCUCAUCAAAGGCCUCCACGUCCGCCUCUCUACCAACACUACCGUCGCGAUCCAGGCCGUGAUCAUCUCCAUCUACGAUGAAACCAUGCAGGCGGGAGACUGCGAGACGGUGACUGAAAAUUUUGGCGAUUACCUCACGAGCGUUGGCGCU